AUGGGAAAAAUAAACAAUGUAACUACAUUCAUUUUCUUGGGCCUUUCUCAGAACCAAGAGGUGGAAGAAAUUUUUUCCGUGGUGUUUUCUUUUUUCUAUAUGGGUAGUCUUUUAGGAAACUUUGUCAUCAUGCUGACAGUGCGUAUGGGCAACCUUCUCAAUUCUCCUAUGUAUUUCUUUCUCAACUAUUUGUCUUUUGUGGACAUCUGUUUCGCUUCAGUUACAGCUCCCAAGAUGAUUGCUGACUUAUUAGCCGAGAGAAAAACUAUCUCCUAUGUGGGGUGCAUUUUGCAACUAUUUGGAGUACAUUUCUUGGGAUGCACUGAAAUCUUCCUCCUUGUCGUAAUGGCCUAUGAUCGGUACGUGGCCAUUUGUAAACCCCUGCACUAUAUGACCAUCAUGGACCGGGACAGAUGCAAUAAAAUAAUGUUGGGGAUCUGGAUAGGUGGCUUGUUACACACUGUUAUCCUGCUGUCUUUAGUGCUCCAGCUCCCAUUUUGUGGUCCCAAUGUGAUUGACCACUACUUUUGUGAUGUCCACCCUAUGCUGAAACUGGCCUGCACAGACACAUAUGUUGCUGGUGUUGUUGAGACAGCCAACAGUGGGUCCAUCACUUUGGGGAGCUUUAUUAUCUUAAUAAUCUCCUACACUGUCAUCCUGGUGUCCCUGAGAAAGCAGUCAGCAGGAGGCAGGCGCAAAGCUCUCUCCACUUGUGGCUCCCACAUUGCUGUGGUCAUAAUUUUUUUUGGUCCCUGUACUUUCAUGUACAUGCGCCCUGAUACUACCUUUGCUGAAGAUAAAAUGGUGGCUGUAUUUUACACAAGUGUCACCCCUAUGUUAAACCCCCUGAUUUAUACACUGAGAAAUGCAGAAGUAAAAAAUGCAAUGAAAAAACUGUGGUAUAGAAAGGUUUUCUGGAAGGCUAAUGACAAAUAG